AUACUAUGUUCCAGCCGAGGCCGUUUCGAGGUCGGAUCGCUGUUUGUUUUGAUGGCAGCAGCCGGGGUCCGCAAGACUUUUGCGUUUGACUAUAACGUGUGUAAAAAUAUGAAUGAAAACGCAACGUGAUUAAAUGGUGAUGGAAGAAGACGAGCUUUCGGCCUUCCGAGAGCAAUGGAAACAAGAGUUGCAGAAAAACACCGAGACGUCAAAUAAAGACAAGGAGGGAUAUUUCGGGCACCCCGAUAACGACAGCUCAUCUCUUUACCAAAGCACGAGCUUUUGGGAGAAACAGAGCAGCUCGUCGAAGCAGACUCAGCCCGCACCGAAGGACCAGCCGCAGUACGUGUCGAUCGCCGAGGGUUUGUUGGACGGAAGGAGCGGUCCUCUGCUGGACAGAAUCGAGCAGGAGCGGACGCGCAGGAAACGCGCUCCCUGGAGCGAGGCGAUCCGCACAGACGCGCCCCCCAGCAAAGUCAACAAGGGCCAGAAACUGCUCGAGCAGUUCCUUCAGGAUCUGAAUGAGGUGAAUGACAUCCCAUUCUUUGAUGUGGAGCUGCCUUAUGAACUCGCUCUCAAGAUUUUCUACUUCCUGGGCAGAACGGAUCUAGGACGAUGUGCUCAGGUGUCUAAAUCCUGGAAGGUGCUGGCUGAAGAUAAGGUCCUGUGGCACAGGUUGUGCUUGGAGGAAGGUUAUCACAAUGGGGCAAGUAUCUCUGACUCCCCCUGCUGGAAGAGCACACUCAGAGACUGCCGCAACACAGAGACUGUGGUGAAGUCUAACUGGAAGAAUCGUGUGGGGUCCAUUCGCCACCUGCAGUACGAGUUAGGAAAGGUCUUGUGUGAUGUCAGUUCCUGUGCUGGUCUUGUAAUAGCCGGCUACACCUCUGGUGAUGUGCGCCUGUGGGACACGCUUCACUGGGACAAAUCCUACCUGCACCCCACACACUCCAUCAGAGAUGAAACCCCCGCACCUUACGUUAGUCACGUGCGCGUCAAUAAGACCGUGGCUACAGCCGCUUAUGAGAACGGCUGUGUAGACGUGUGGAGCACUGAAACCGGUCUCGAACCUAUUCAUCAGCACCAGCACCUCCAGAGAGUUCACGCUCUGGAUCUAAGUCCCGACAGUCCGGCUGUGGCGUCUGCAUCAGGACCGGAUGUGAGGGUGGACGCCCCGGAUGAGCAGGGCUACUGGAGAUCACAGUGUCUGGUUCACUUACCAAAGCCCGUAGAUGGGGUGUUGGUGGUACCAGGGAGGCGGGACUUCUCUUUGGUGGCGGCAUGGGCAGAUGAGAGUGUUUACCUGCUGGACUCGAGAGCGAAUGAAGAGCAGGAACUAAGAGUCGUCCACUCUGUAUACGGCCAUCCAGUGACGUGUGUGGAUGUGUCACCCAGCAGAGCCGCUCUGGGGAUCAAGAGCUGCGGAUGGGGCAUGAACGACGGGGGAAACAAGAUUCAGGUGUACAGCCUGGAGACCAGCCAGUGCGAGCUGACCGUGGGGAACUCGGCGGGAGACUUCACCUACGUCAACCUGAGAGACAGCCACCCUCACCUGCUGGUGUGUGGGAACAAAGACAGGCGAGUGAGAGUAUUUGACUUGCGUACGGGCUCGUCAGUGGUCUCUUUAUACGCCCAUCACAUGGGCGUGACCACCGUCCAGGCAGAUGAUUGGAAGAUCGUGAGCGGCGGUGGCGAGGGAUUGGUCAGUGUGUGGGAGAUGAGGAUAGGAGCCAAACUCUGGGAAAUGCACAACAGACACCCGGUUCGUCACAUACGGUUCAACGCCAGCACCCUGGUGACGGCCAACGUCCCCGAUGAGAAGAGCCCUCGCGGGGCUUGUAUCACAGACGAUGACCUCACCGCUCACCGCAGAUACAGAGGUCUGAUCUGUCACUAUGACUUCUCGAUGGACUCGUCUGCUCCGGAUCACGUUCUGCCCAUCUGCAGGUCCAACUACACAGAGUCCUCUGGAUACAACUAUAACAUUGGCUUGGCGAUGCCGUAUGACAUACUGAAUGGCCCUUAUGUUGGCAUCUGAUGCUCUGUUCUUUUAGGAACAGUUGAACUGGAAAGAUUGGCAUUGGAUUUGCUUUUUUUAAGGUGAUCUGCGUCAUAUUAUCAACAGUUUCAGAAUCGUGCGUUUGGAUGACCCCGUUAAAAUGUAUAGGUUAUGUGGACUAGCACUGUGUGCGUACUAUUGAGCGUAGAAUCAUUUUCUGUCUUUUCAUAUUUUAAUAUACGAUAUUAUAAUAUUAAAUCACAGCGUGAGAAGGAAUACAAGUGAUACAAAAUGA